AUGAAAUGCGAUUUAGCGCGUCGAUUGCCAAUUUUCCAGCCACGAUCGGGUAGCGGUUCAGCAGAGCAGAGUGCAACGUUGCAAAGCGGCAACAACCCACGUGCAACCAUUUGCACUGCAUUUAACUUGCCACAUUCAAAGAUCUGUACAAAUGGCCUCCGAAGACGUGGUCGGCAAACGUAUACCCGCUACCAGACGCUCGAAUUGGAAAAGGAAUUCCACACCAACCACUAUUUGACCCGCCGGCGAAGAAUCGAAAUGGCGCAUGCUCUCUGCCUCACCGAACGACAGAUCAAGAUCUGGUUCCAGAAUCGACGAAUGAAAUUGAAAAAGGAAAUUCAGGCGAUCAAAGAGCUUAACGAGCAGGAAAAACAAGCGCAAGCGCAGAAGGCGGCAGCACAAGCGGCGGCAGCAGCGGCGGCGCAGGCGCAACACAUAGGCGAUCAAAACUAG